AUGUUAGGUCAGGUCCGAGUCCGAGAUUUUAGGUAUCAGAUCAGCACAAAUACACCACAAAUAACUGAUAUCAUACCCAAAGAGAAACGUAUCCAACUAUGUAUUCAUUACCAUCCAGAGUAUAAUUAUGAUAAACUUGAUGAACGUGACCAGGAUGAUAUAUGGACUCCAGUAAAUCCUUGUCGUGUUAAUUGUAUAAUUUUGGUACCCAUGAGAGUAGUCUAUACCAACUAUUUUAACGAUAGUCUAACUGUUUGCGAUACAGAAAAAGUAUGCGUCCCAUUGAAUCCUAACUCAACACUAGGAGUAUGUCGAUCAAUAUCAACACCACCGCCAACAACAACUACAACAACACAUACAAUACCUACAAUUGUUUCAACAAAGUUGACUACUGAAUCCCAUACACCUCAUCCUACAACAACAACAAGUGUCCCAAUUACCAGAAUAGUACCGCAAACAACAACAGACAAACCUUUGCCGACAACAAUCAAACUUUCAACACAAACUACAUUAACUACUUUACCGCCAAUUACUUCAUCACCAACACAACCCUCCACAAGACAAACCCUUUCCACACAAACUACUACUACUACUACUACUACUACUACUACUACUACUACUACUACUAUACGUUCUUACACUACCCAAACCCCAACUACCAAAUUGACAACUAGUCCAUCAACUUUCACAACAAUACAGACAACUCAUCCGCACAAUGUAUGCAAACAAGAGGGAUAUUUUAGGAGUCCCUACGAUCCCGAGUGCAGACAAUUUUAUAGAUGUAUUAAAGCUGGCGAUCAUUAUUGGGAAGUCGACUAUACUAAUGAAUGUCAAAAAGGCACUAUAUUUGUAGAUAAAUAUGAAACCUGUAUGGAAAUAGACGAUCCCAGAAUUGAACAGUCCUGUCCUUAA